UUUGGUCAGACGAUUUGCGUUAUAGUGUUAUACCCUUUUUCUCCCAAUCUCUCAAUCUUCUUCAACUACACCCUCCAAACCCGAUUUUCAUUAUUUUCUCUGAUUUCAUUUUCGUUGCAGCCAAACAAUCAAAUACGUCUCUGCGUCUUCAAGAAACGAACUUGAGGGUGUGAUAUUUAUAUGUCAGAAGAAAGACAAAACAAUGGAUUCGUGGGUAGCCAAGUAUUGGCACAAAUUGUUUUCUGAGAAUGAACAAGAAGCUCCCGAGGAUUCAAUUCACGGGCAAUUCGAAAAUCUUCCUUUAGAUUCAGAAGAUGUUGCAAAUGCAGCCGGAGAGGGCGGUGCUAGUGGUUUUCAAGAAAAAAGGGAUGACUACUCUGAUGGGUCUGGGCCGUCUGGUGUUUUUUUUGGUAGAGGUGGUAGAAGCAGGCAGCUGUCUCUUCGUGGGUAUUUUGUAAAGCCAUUGUGUUGUUUAGAAAUUUGCACACUGUAUAGGGGGCGUGCUGGAAUGGAAGAGUAUUAUGUGUACAAUUCAGUUCAGUCACAGAUUACAUUGGGGUUGAGGCCGUUGCUGGUGACGGAUGGGAGCUUGAUAAUCACAAGUGCUCGUAAUAGUUUCAAUGAUAACGCGCAAAUAGAGAGUGAAUCAAAGCAAAACAUCGAAACGGCGCUGCCUAGAACAAGGGCAGUACCAUCGGGUGGUGGUGGAGCAUUCCAUUCACAAGGUUCACCCAAUGGAAUGCUGCUUCUCUUUCUUGGAUUCACUUUUGGGAUAAUGUUUACAUCAGUUGCUAAUAAAAGGGAAGUGGGCAAUUUAAAUGACCUAUUGAAUCAGACUAGGAAUUUGGUUCAAGAUUUACGUGAGGAGCUUGAUAUGAAAGAUUUGUAUAUUGUUAAGGAGAUAGGUAAUGAGAAGGAGACAGAUCAUCACAAGGCAGAAGAUUCCGAGGCAAUAAGUAAAAUUGAGGCAGAGCUUGAAGCUGAACUAGAGAGGUUGGAGUGGAACAUGAAGAAAUCUAGCCUGGAGAGAAUAUCCGACUAUGUUGAGCUGGAUCCUGACUUUGUAGUGGAUGUUGUUCAGGGAGAUCUGAGGCCCGACAAGGUCCAGAAGCCAUCUGGCGGUUUAUCUGACUCUAACUGUGAUGUAACUGGAACCUCUACCAAUCACACUUAUACAGCAGACUAUACAGUGUCACCUAGGGAGUUGAGCAUUCGCCUUCAUGAGGUAAUUCACUUGCAGCUUGAAGCACGCAUCAUGGAGCUCGAGAAUGCACUUGAAAACACCCAGAAGAGGUUGCAUUCCAUGGAAUCAGAAAAUAUGACCCCCCAGAAUAACUUGUAUAUGGAUGAUGAAGGCAAUAAUGACAUGGAUAGACCCUUUAUAAAUUUGUCCGGGGAAGCUCUAAAUGCAUUUAAUGAGGCUUAUGAAAGGAUUACCAGUGACUGCACUGGGAAAGAAUUGAUUUCUUUUGGCAAAAAGCCGUUUGGUGAGGGUAUGGUCAAUGGGUCCAUUUCACAAUUUGAUAUCAUUAGUGAGAGAGGGUCAAGCAAUUUAAAUGAUGAUGAGAUAAGGACUACGGAAGGGAAGGCAUCAAGGAGCUGUGAAUCAAAUGAGACAGGCGAGAGUGAAGAUGAUGAUGAGAUGGGGAAGGUUUUGAUCAAGCGAAUUGUGGACAGGACCAGCCAAGGUUCUUCUGUGAUUUUAAAUGCUCAAAGAAUGAUGUAUCAAUGGAUGGAUGACCAAUAA